AUGAGUGCGGGAGAAAAAGGAUUUGAAUUGAGGGAGAGUGGUGAAUUGGGAGAGAGUGGUGAAUUGGGAGAGAGUGGUGAAUUGGGAGAGAGUGGUGAAUUGGGAGAGAGUGGUGAAUUGGGAGAGAGUGGUGAAUUGGGAGAGAGUGGUGAAUUGGGAGAGAGUGGUGAAUUGGGAGAGAGUGGUGAAUUGGGAGAGAGUGGUGAAUUGGGAGAGAGUGGUGAAUUGGGAGAGAGUGGUGAAUUGGGAGAGAGUGAUGAACUGAGGGAGAGUGAUACAUUGAGGGAGAGUUAA